CACCGGGUACCGGGUUUCAGAAACUACCUCGUUCAGCUGAUUGUGUUGAGCGGCUGGGAUUUCGGCUUGUACUGGCUCGAUGCAGCUAUAUGGAUGCAGGGUUUCCGCGCGCCUUCAUCCACCGUGUCUUCAUCUACAUUUGAUCAGCAGAUCGAUAGGUGGGAAAUCGCGAACGUCAAGAUGGUUUCAGUGUCAACUAGCCCAAGCAGCAGGUCACGCUCCUCAUCACGCCAGCGUUGUUCUAGCCACCCUACUAACGUUGUGUCAGCAUUCUGUGCAUCAAGGCAUUCUUCCAACUGUCCAGCAACUACUAAGAGUAGGCAGCAUGACUUCCCACCAACAGUCAAGCAUGAGGAGUUGCAGGAUAGUCUUUUCAACCUUUCAUCAAGUCCUUCUAUUUCUCUGUCAACGGCUGAAGGUGAAAACUCGCAGCAAGGACACUUCCACCGCUGUCAGUUCUGUGAAUAUCAGUCCCGUAACCCGCUUCACCUGGAAACACACAUCAGGGUCCAUACUGGCGAGCGUCCAUUUGAAUGCCACUUGUGCCCUCAGAGAUUCUCCCAUAAAAGCAACCUGAAUGUACACCUGCGCACCCACACAGGCGAGAAGCCAUUUCACUGCCCCUCGUGCCCUCAGAAGUUCGUACAUAGCGGCGACCUUAACAGGCACCUGCGGAUCCACACGGGUGAGCGGCCGUUUCAAUGCCCGUCGUGCCCUCGGAGAUUCUCGCGAAAGGCCUUUCUGAAGGAACACAUGAGCCUCCACACGGGUGAGCGACCAUUUCAGUGCCCCCUGUGCCCUCAGACCUUCUUGCACAAGUCCAGCAUAAAGCAACACCUGAGUGUCCAUACCGGUGACCGACCACACCGCUGCACCACCUGCUCCAAGUCCUUUGUGCGGGCUGAGCACUUGAGCAGACAUAAGAAAAGAAUGCACCAUGAUGCCAUAGAGUAGGCCAUCAGCAAUGCAGAACUAGAGUCUGAACUAGGAAUCUACCUACAUGUGCAGCGCGAUGCAAGGUUUCCUGCUGCAUCAGGUUGAACUGUCAAGUCACUUCACAGGAUGUUACAGCUUAAUCUAGGAAGUUGCAGGGUUAUUUGUAAUGUUGAGAUUGUGGUGCAUUACACUGACAAUGUUUGUGUGAUAUUACUUCAUGUGAAGGCACAACAAAUAGCUGCUUAUCCAUCAGAUAUGCCUUCAAAAGAGUCAUUAUGUUCAAUAAUAAGGGUGUACGUACAAACGGAUGCAGGCGGGCAGUGUGCCAUGUUGGUGCACUCCAUAGCGAGGACAAGCAUGUGCAUACUGCCACAAGUGCGAGCCGAAUGAAUGUUAUCAUGCGCUGUAAUGUGUUGCAGCAGCUGCUCCAAAGUAAAUGAAGAUGAGGGGAAGAGGAAGUAAUUGAAAUGUGUGCUUUUUAAUGCGAAAGCAUUAAAUGGCUGAUGAGGGAAAAAAUCCGGCAUUGUCGGCACGACCAAACAAUCUUCCAAGAAGGCUACGAACCCUUGACCUUUGGUGGAGGUUGAACGCAUGACCUUUGGUGUUAAUUAAGAGGAAGUUAAGUCAUAUUUAAUGAAGAUAGAGUUAAGUAGGGCACUCAAACCCACAACCUUUGGUGUUAAGACAAAGCUAAUUAGCGCACAGUGGAGUAAGGCAGAGUUAAUUAAGCCACUUCAAACCGUGACCUUUGUUGGAAGUUGAACCUUUGGCGGGAGUCAAACCCUCGACCUUGCAUUGUGGCAUGUCUAAGCAUCGUGCGGUGGUUACAGUGCUUUCGCAUUCAUCCACAUACGGAUAACUAAGUUCCCCUUGAAUUUUUUAGCAUUGUACAAGGUGUGCACACAAGUGCAUGAAUGAAAAUGGGGAACUUUCCGAAGAGCGACGAUGUGACGGUUCUCCCAUAUCAACAUGCAUGGAUAAAUUUGCAGCGAAUCCUUACAAAUAUGGGGCUUGUUCUCGGCCAAGACGUCACUCUCACUGGAAAAAAUAUUGGUGGCCUAUUCAACAACUGAACAGCAAAAAUGUGAAGUUCCUAGCUUAAACAUUUUUUGGAAGCAUCGAGAAUUUCAGAUAACUACUAGAGGGAGUUAUGCAACAAGUUGUCCAUGAAUUGUGUUUUGCAGAAUUAUCCCCUGUGCUGUAGUUUAAGGUUUCUGCAAAGUUUCUCUUGAACCUGACCUUCUCGCAAUCUGCGGUGUAAUGUUGUAGUGUGUAUUGUACUGUAGACUGUGCUUCCUUAAAAUAUGAGGGAACUGCAAGUGGCUGCUCUGUAAUAUGACAUUACUUGCUGUGAAAGUUCUGUGAAUUGUGAUAUAUAAUGUGCUAACUUGAACUUUAUGUCAACUAUUUGUUAGUGCGUUCCAACUUUUAUUUUAUUUCAUUAUCCUGUCUUUGUUUGUGUGUUUCUUUAAGCAGGCCUAUCAUUGCUCGGUACUUUUUGCUUUAUAGAGGAGUAGCAGGCAUCACCCAAUAUCAAUAAACAAAUUGUCCAUCUCUGUGGUGCAGCCAAGGGAUAGAGGGAUAACAUUUUGGUUAUUGUUGGCGCCAUAAAGCUCCACUUUCCACUUUGAUCAUUUCAUGAUGCUCACUGCUGCCCCUUUCAGAGUUCUUUUUCUUUUCUCUUGUCCUUUGAUUUUUUGCUAUAUAUUAAACCUGUAGUUGCAUGCCAAAUAUUCCAUUCGGCUGCAACCUCCCCACCUAUUGUCAAAAUUUCUCUCACCAGUGCACACGUAUUUUCACUACUGAGUGAUCUUAUGGUUUCCUUGUGACGAAUUCUUCGAAUAAGCAAAUUAUGUACACAGUGAGUGUGCUAUAUGGUGUGAAUAAAAUACAAUGGUAGUGUGUGUUCAA